ACAUUUCAUUUACUGAGUAUUACGCCGUAGCUGCCAUUUUGUGUGCUGUCACAAUCUACAUGCCUCUAAUCCAUCAUCCUUAAAAAGCCUUCCUUUUACGACGCAGUAGACCCAGUAGAUUUUGAAGGCUUCCUAAUGACGCGGCUGAACAACUUGGACUCAGAACUAGCACAAGAACUUGCUGACUUUCCUGAAGAUGACUUGGACGUUGUCUUUACACCCAAAGAGUGCAGGACUUUGCAACCCUCUAUGCCAGAAGAUGGGAUUGAACUCGACUCACAUGUCAGAGACUGUGUUCAGACGUAUAUCCGGGAGUGGCUGAUUGUGAAUCGAAAGAACCAAGGGAAUUCAGAUACUUGUAGCCUGAAAAACAAGGGAUCCCGAAAAGAUUUUCACAAGACGCUUCAAAAACAAACAUUCGAAUCGGAAACAUUGGAUUCCGGCGAUGCAAGCUUUCAGGCGGGGCCUCGACAUGUCCACGCGCUCCCCGAGGAGGCCUCGAGGACGACCCUCGCCUCCUCCGACUUCGACCUGCGCAGCCUGCAGCCAGACCCCCGCCUGGAAAACCUGCUGCGGCACGUCAGCGCUGAGGAGUUCGAGAGGCAGAACGAGGAGGCGCGGCGCACCAACAGGCACGCCGAGCUCCUCGCCCUCUACCCCUCUGUGGACGAGGAAGAUGCAGUGGAGAUACGGCCGGUGCCGGAUCGCCCAAAGGAACAUCUGGGCAACAGGAUUUUGGUGAAGCUGCAGACUCUGAAGUUUGAUAUAGAGAUCGAACCUUUGUUUGCAUGCAUAGCUCUCUAUGACAUAAAAGAAAGAAAAAAGAUCUCAGAAAAUUUUCAUUGUGACCUCAACCCUGAUUCAUUAAAAGGAUUCUUGCGUUCUCAUACACCCUCCAUCGACUUGUCUACUCAGGCAAGAUCAGCAGUAUUUUCUGUCACUUAUCCCUCGUCGGAUAUAUACCUAGUAAUAAAGAUAGAAAAAGUGCUUCAGCAGGGAGAAAUCGGAGACUGUGCAGAACCGUACAUGGUUCUCAAAGAAAGUGAGGCUGGCAAGACAAAAGAAAAGAUUGAAAAACUGAAAGCCCAAGCUGAAUCCUUUUGUCAGCGGUUGGGGAAAUACAGAAUGCCAUUUGCCUGGAUUCCCAUAAGCCUAACUAAUUUCUUCAACCUUUCAACACUUGAACGAGAAGUACCUGAAGCCGAAGGUUUAAAUGGUAGAUCCACUAAUGACAAGCGGGCAACACUGCUACAGGCGAGAAGACUUUCUGAGAGAAGUCUCAGCUCAGAGGACAGCUGUCCAGUAUCAAACUUCAAAACAACCUCUCUGACCUUCAACACCUUCUUUAAACAGGAAGGAGACAGGCUCAGUGAUGAAGAUCUGUUCAAAUUUUUAGCUGAUUUCAAAAGAUCGUCUUCCUUGCAGAGAAGAAUUAAGACUUUACCAGGAACACUUAAACUGGAGAUUUCCCCAGCUCCAGAAAACCUUGGUUAUUGUCUGACACCAGAAUUACUACCAGUGAAGCCAUUUCCAGAAAACCGUAAUCGUCCUCACAAAGAGAUUUUGGAAUUCCCAAUUAGAGAAGUGUAUGUUCCCCAUACCAUUUACAGAAAUCUCCUCUAUGUUUACCCUCAGAGGCUGAAUUUUGCUAACCGACCGGCUUCUGCAAGAAACAUUACCAUCAAGAUCCAGUUUAUGUGUAGCGAAGACCCAUCCUCUGCAAUGCCGGUAAUUUUUGGGAAAUCUUCAAGUCCAGAAUUUGUGCAAGAAAUAUACACCGCUAUCACAUAUCACAAUAAGUCCCCUGAUUUUUAUGAAGAAGUGAAAAUUAAGCUGCCAGCAAAACUCACAGAGAAACACCAUCUAUUGUUCACGUUCUAUCACAUCAGCUGCCAGCCAAAGCAGGGAGCAUCUGUGGAAACCCUCCUCGGGUAUUCAUGGCUGCCGAUUCUAUUAAAUGAUCGUCUUCAAACUGGACAUUAUUGUCUUCCUGUUGCAUUGGAUAAGCUGCCUUUCCACUAUUCAAUUCACUCUCCUGAG